AUGCCACAAAAAUACUCGAUAUCUCCAGAUAUGGACGAAAGUAUCCCUGAUACGUCGACUGCGCCCACAACGCCAGAUGAUAGUCUUACAUUCAGUCCCAUAAUACAGCCUUUGAGCUUGGAUGAUGGGAUUACAUUGGGAAAUUCUCCUGUGAAUGAAAUAGCUGCGCAUCAUGUCCCGCAAAAUGAUUUGGAGGUAGUUGCUUUGGGAGGGAUAUUAAAGAGUUUGAUGUUCUUAGCAGAGAAAUUGGGGAUUGCAUGA